CCGGUAGGCGGGUUACAUAGAUUUCAACACCUUAUACACGUUCACACUCGCUGAUAUUACGCAUUCAGAGCUGAUACGCUGUUCAGGCUUCUGUGCAGCACAAGGCUAUGGAACGCGACGAGUCUCCUCUCUUUCACUCCCACGAGCGGCAUGCGAGACGGGGACCAACAUGACAGCGAACAGCCGAGGGACCAGAGCCGCUCCUCCCCCCGUGCAGCGGCGGCUGUCCGCGCUACCGAGGCCGGCGGUGGGAGUCCGGCUGCUCCGGUACGCCGCGCUGGUGGCGGUGUGCGCGCUCUGCUACAGUAACUCUCUCUGGGGGGAGUUUGUACAUGAUGAUAUAUGGGCCAUCACCAACAAUCCAGAUGUCAGACCGGGCUCCAGCCUCCAGAGCAUCUUCACCAAUGACUUUUGGGGCAAACGGAUGGCUGAUAACACCAGCCACAAAUCCUACCGUCCGCUCUGCAUCCUCACUUUCAAGUUAAACAUUUUGCUGGGCGGCAUGACUCCAUUCUACUUCCACCUGGUGAACAUGUUUCUGCACUGCAUGGUGACGGCGCUGCUCAUGCACACCUGCGAACAGUGUGUGUUUGAAGACAGCAACUUCUCUUUUCUCACCGCACUGCUUUUCUCUGUUCACCCCAUUCACACCGAAGCUGUAUCUGGGAUCGUUGGGAGAGCAGAUGUGUUAGCCAGUAUGCUAUUCCUCCUGGCCUUUCUCUCCUAUAUUAGGAGUGUGUCAGUGAGCAGUAUGGCAGACGGGUUUCCCCCCACAGUGUCUGUCUUGUCACUGGCUCUCAGUCUGUUGUUGGGCACCUGUGCGAUGCUGGUGAAAGAGACAGGCAUUACGGUGUUUGGCGUGUGCGUCCUAUAUGAUUUCCUGGUGCUUUGCCGCAAACCACUCAUCUUGCACCUGUCGCACUCCAGGUUGAAGGAGCUCGUCAGAAUUUCCAGCCCAUUCAUCAAACGCGCUUGCAUCAUCUCGUUACAUGUUACAGUCAUCAUGUCUAUCCGUUUAUGGUUGAUGGGUGGAUCCAUGCCGCUGUUCUCAGAGCAAGACAAUCCGGCAUCCUUCUCUCCAUAUCUGCUCACCAGGUUUCUUACAUAUUGCUACCUGCUCGCCUUCAAUGCCUGGCUCUUACUGGCUCCCAUAGUGCUUUGCUAUGACUGGCAGGUGGGCAGCAUUCCUUUAGUGGAGUCUCUGUGGGAUCGACGGAAUAUUGCUUCCCUGACUUUGGCUCUCGUCAUGCUGGCGCUGAGCCUGAACUGUGUUACAUGCUUACAGAAGAUGAAAGGGAAGGAGGUGUUGGUGGGCGUGCUGUUCUUGAUCUUUCCCUUCAUCCCAGCCAGUAAUCUGUUCUUCCGCGUGGGAUUUGUGGUGGCGGAAAGAGUUCUCUACAUGCCCAGUAUGGGUUACUGUGUUCUGGUGGUGCAUGGGCUGAACAGACUGUAUUCAGUUGUCAGUCGCUGGGGAGCGGCUGCACUAACUGUGUCCAUGCUGGUUGUCCUUCUCCUCUUCUCCUGGAAGACCGUCCAACAGAAUGAGAUCUGGCUCUCCAGAGAAGCCCUGUUCAGGUCUGGCAUUCAGACUUUACCUCACAAUGCUAAAGUUCAUUACAACUAUGCCAACUUCCUGAAGGACAGGGGACGAAACCAAGAAGCCAUUUACCACUAUAAGACAGCCCUCAGACUGUACCCUCGACAUGCCAGUGCUCUGAAUAAUCUGGGCACCCUGACUCACCAGGCUGAGGAAGCUGAAGUUUAUUACAGGAGAGCGCUGAAUAUUAACCCUCAACACAACAGAGCUCUCUUCAACCUGGGCAACCUUCUGAAGUCUCAGGGGAAGGAGGAAGAGGCGGAGAGGAUGUUGAAGGAAUCUAUUCGUUACGGUCCCCAUUUUGCUGAUGCCUACUCCAGCCUCGCCUCUCUAUACGCUGACCAGGGACAUUCAAAAGAAGCGAAUGAAAUUUAUACCAGGGGUAUUGAGAACUGCCCCGACAGUUCUGACCUCCAUAACAACUACGGCGUGUUUCUAGUGGACACAGGUCAUGGCGAUCAUGCAGCCUUUCAUUACCAGGAAGCAGUGCGUCUCAAGCCAUCUCACUAUGUUGCCAUGGUGAACCUGGGUCGUCUUCUUCGCUCGUCCAAUGAUAAUAAAGAGGCGGAGCUAUGGUACAAAAGGGCCCUGCAAGUGGUUCGUAAAGUGGAUAUCCUGACCCCUCUUGGGGCUUUAUACUACAACACCGGCAGAUACGAGGAGGCACUGGAGGUUUACAGAGAGGCAGCCACACUUCAGCCCGACAGCACUGAUAUCUGGCUCGCCCUGGCGCAGGUUUUAGCCAUGGCAGGUCGCUCAGUGGAGGCCGAGAAAAUGACCCUGAGCAUCAUUUCAAAGACCAGCAACUGCAUUGAAUGUUACCGCUUGUUGUCUGCCAUCUACAGCAAACAAGGCAACCACACUGAGGCAUUGGAUGCAUUGAAGACAGCACUGCAGCAGGAGCCAUCAGACCCUGCGGUGAGGGCAGAGCUGCACUUCUCCAUGGGCAACCAGCUCAGAGAGAUGAACGAGCUUGAUCGCGCCUUCCAGAGCUACAAGCUUGCUGUCGAGCUCAAACCUGACCAAUCACAAGCCUGGAUGAAUAUGGGCGGCAUUCAGCAUAUCAAGGGAGACUAUGCAGCAGCAAGAAUGUACUACCAAAGAGCUCUUCUCCUCUCACCCGGCUCCAAACUGCUGAAGGAAAACCUGGCCAAGCUGGACAGACUAGAGAAAAAACUCCAAGGGGCCUAGAGGAACAGCGUGACCUGAACUGUCAGCCAAAUGAUGAAGGACAAGCAACUGAGACACAGAAGGGUGAAGAGAAGGGCCGGACUAAGACAUGCAAACUACGGUUUGGACUCAGGAGAUGAUUAAUGACCACUUCCUUCCCCUCUAGAGUUUAGAGAGAGGCUCUAGGAUUGAACUAAUCCAAAAGACUGAAGGUCCAGGGCUGGACCAAGCAGACACCAUUGACCUCAACACAUCAUGCAGUAUCUCACAGCAACAUAUUUCAGAAGUCCUCAUCAUUUUUUUCCCAUGUGUCGUCCCAAGACCACUUUUCGAUGAGUUCUCAGACCAGCACAAAUUGAGCAUUUGUUGUUCUUCUUUUAAUCGGAGCAGAGGUAGCGUCUCUGAGAGGCUCCACUCGACCACUACAACUCCGUUCUGCUUCGCUGGCUACAAAACCUUUAGAAAGCAUCUCAGACAAAUGCUGUGAGUUAUCAAAUAUGACUAGCUGUCUACUGUGUUCUAUGAACACGGCUGAUUAGUUGUAGGUGGUCUGCUUGUAUUUUGUUUUUUUAAUCCUCACAUAAGGAUUUUGUUAGUGAUUUAAAUGAAGGAAAGAAAUGACAGAGUCAUUCAUCAUGUGCUUUAAUUUGAUCUUUUAUCUUGUACAUGCAUCAUUAUUGUGGAAUGUAUCUUGGACUAAAGGCAUAUUGACCUGUGCAGUGAAUUACAUAUCAUUUUUAUCCUCAUAAGCUAUAAUACUGAAGCCUCUUUAAAUUGGAAUUACAUCAUCAUUCAUAAUGACGUAUCCAUAAUGAAGUAGGUCAUUACAUGGAUUUUAGUCAUAUUUUCGGUGGCCAGAAUUUGUCAUGCGGUACUCUUGAUUAUACCGUAAUCUUUGCACUUACAUUUCGUUGCCAUAGGAACUGUUAUCAAGAAAAUUUCUUGAAUUCAGCAGCAGCCGUGCUAAACAUGUCAUAGCAGAAAUCAAUGUGAAGUAUGAUUAUUUAAUAAAUAUUAUCCAAUACCUGU